GAUGCGGGCAGCAUGUUGCUAAGAGCAAUCAACGGUUGAGUUGCAGUAAAGUUGUUGCUAGGAGCAACCCACCCUGCAUGUUGCAAGUCAGACAAGCCCAGCUGUGGAGUAUAAGAGCAGGACUGAGCCUGUGGUGAAAGCUUUGCUAGGGGCAACGGAUCGCGUCAAGCAAGUGAGCAAGAAGAAAGCUAAGGAGCUUUCCCCAGAAUGUCUUUCGCUGGAACCUAUGAGCUGCAGUCCCAUGAAAAUUUUGAGGCUUUCAUGAAAGAGAUUGUUCCAGGUAUUACGGAUGAUUUAAUUCAGAUUGGAAAAGAUAUGAAGAGUGUAACUCAGAUCGAGCAGAAUGGAAAUCACUUUGUGGUGACGGUGACUACGGGCACCAAGGUCCUGCGUAAUGAAUUCAACAUCGGGGAAGAGACAGAAUUUAAUACACUUACUGGAGAGAAAAUCAUGAGCACGGUUAAUAUUGUGGACGGCAAGCUGGUUGGGAAACUGAAGUCCGUCACUUCCGUCACAGAACUUUCAGGGGAUCUCCUCAUCAAUAUCAUGACUGUGAAAGACAUUGUCUACAAGGCAGUAAGCAAGAAGGUCGCAUAGAUGAGAAUGCUGUUAUUACUUUUACUAUGUAAAAUAAACUCCUAUAAUAUGAA